AUGGCCGCCACGCUCCUCAAGCGCAAGCGCACGUCCUCCGACGCGCCCUUCUCCUUUGCCGGCGCGUUCGACACGAUGAGCAACGGCAGCACCACAACCACAACCACCACAGCCAGCGGCUUCAAUCCCGUCUUCGGCUUCCCCGCGAUGGACCCGGGCCGCGACGCGCACCUCAACAGCCGCACCUGGAAGCGCUCCCGCAGCAACCGCCCCUCCGACGACGAGGUCCAUCAGCGCACCCUCCACCUCCUCCUCUCCGCCCAGCAGCAGCAGCAGCAGCACGAGCAGAAGACGACCUCGCCGCAGCCUUCUCCCUACGUCGCCGACCGAGGCGCCCCCCUCGCCGGCACCUUUCGCCAGCACCACCAGCCGCAAGCGCUGCCUCAGCGGCGACAGGGCUCACUGCACAGCUUCUGGGCCAUCAAUUCCGCCCCCACGGCCGCCCCCGACUCCAUGACGGGCGUCCAGGUGUACACGCAGGCGUCUCGGGUGUGCGAGGACUGCGGCGCCGCGCUGGGGGCUCCGGGUGGCGACGACGGCAUGGACAUUGACGGCGGCUCCUCCGACAUGGCGCCUUGCGGCAAUUGCGGCAAGGUCGUGUGCUUCAGCUGCUCCGUCAGCAGCCUCGGCGAGGAGAAGCGCUGCCUUCGCUGCGCUGACCGUCGCGUCUGGGUCGGUGGCGUGGGCUGGACCAAGGCCGAGGUCCCUGCCUACUAG